UUAUGCGGCGGAGAUUUCGACGGCCACGAACACCUAAAGACAGCUACCUCCAGCUUCACCGUUGGGGGGGAGAGAAAGAGAGAGAGAGAGAUAUUCACUGUGACACGAUAUCGUUGGAACCGGCCGUACCGUGUUAUUUGGUGUCUCGGCCUCCUCAGAACUCACUUUCCCUGGAUAUUCUCAUCAAUUCUUCAGAAACAAGCAGCAAGGCCGCUCAUUGCUUAUGUUAUAAUCUAUCUAUCCAUCUGCUGAAAUGUCGGUGAUUUCAAACAUUUGGGCGUCGCCGCACCGGGAAUUAUCAUCCGUUUCAGCAGAGAUUAAUGCAACAAAAUCUAGAUUGUUCGGCACCGGGCCCCCUUUUGGGAUCAAUUGGGUAAAUUUGUCCGCUGCUUCUUUGAAGGUUUCCACCCCUUCUGGGGGUCGAGUAUCACAAGUGUCUCCAUUACGUCUUAAUCACUCAAGGAGGGUAGGUACAGGUCUGAAAGCUCGCAUGACGGUAGUAGAUGAAAGGCUUGAACAUGGAAGAGAUCUGAUCAAGCCUUCUGAUGUUUUGGCAUAUGAUCUUGUUCAAGGAGCACAUGUAAGAUGGAGUUAUAUUAUGGACAGGUCAGUGCCUAAUCCGCCAACAGCUGUUCUUCUGCAUGGAAUUCUGGGUAGCAGGAAGAAUUGGGGGACCUUUGCUCGAAGAUUGUCAAAAGAAUUUCCAACAUGGCAGUUUCUUUUGGUAGACCUGCGGUGCCAUGGUGAUUCAGCCGCAAUCAAGAAACAAGGUCCCCAUACUGUUGCAUCAGCUGCACUAGACAUCUUAAAGUUGCUUGAGCAGCUUAGACUAAGUCCUCGAGUUAUAGUCGGUCACAGCUUUGGAGGAAAAGCAGUUGCCUUGAGUAUGGUGGAUCAAGUUGCGAAGCCAUUGGCACGGCCUGUCAGAGUCUGGGUUCUAGAUGCUACUCCUGGUAAAGUUCGAGCUGGGAGAGAUGGGGAGGAUCAUCCUGCUGAGUUGAUCUCUUUUCUGAGUACAAUUCCAAAGGAGGUUGCUUCAAAGAGGGAUGUUGUGGAUGCACUUGUUCAAGAAGGAUUUUCAAAAGACGUGGCACAGUGGGUGGUGACUAACCUCCGACAAAGCAGCACCUCUGGCUCAUCACCAUCAUGUUUUUCAUGGAUGUUUGACCUCCAUGGAAUUGCUGAGAUGUAUCAUUCCUAUGAAGAAACAAAUUUAUGGAAAAUAGUGGAAGAUGUGCCUCGAGGCGUGCAUGUAAAUUUUUUGAAAGCAGAAAGGAGCUUGCAUAGGUGGGCCCUUGAAGAUCUCCAGAGGAUUCAUUCUGCUGAGGAGGUAGCCGUUGAUGGGGGAGGUGGAGUUGAAAUGCAUGUUCUUGAAGAUGCCGGCCACUGGGUGCAUGCUGAUAACCCUGAUGGUCUCUUCAGGAUUCUUUCUUUCUCAUUCCAAGGAGUAUAGCUUGAGAACUUUUGCAUGAUCUUCCAGCUUAGAGGAAGCAUUUGAUUUAUCGAAUAUUAUUACUAGUUGCCGCUCAUGGUUUUGGUCUUCCUUCACAUUUUUAUGGAGGAUUUUUUUUUUUUUUCCUUUUUAUAUUGCAUUUCAGAUUUUUGUUUUCGGUCCUCUGUAUUGCUAUAUAUGUAACAACAUAUACCACUAUCUAUUGGGUCCAUAAUAAGAAUGCAUGGCACAGGUGAGGGUGGAGCUAAAAGAAUGUAGAGUUAAAUGUGUAAAGAUGGUAUUUUUAGAGUGCUAUUUUGGAAUAUUCAAGUA